AUGCUGCAAACCGUAGCAUCGACGUUGGGAGGACAGAAGGGCUCCGCAAGUAAUCCAGAGGAAGCUGCUGCCCGACGCCGGAUGACGCACGAGUUCGAAAGGCUGGUUCAGGUGUCUCGUGCUUACCCUGGGUGCGGGGAAUUCCUCAAACCACUAUCGUUAAAGAUACUGCAGAUGGCCGCAGCUCAUGAUCCUAUCGUCAUCCUCAUUGCGGUCGAAGGCAAUGCUGCUUUGAAGGAAGAUAGCGCAUCCGUAGGGUCUGAGGCUAGAAUCUGGGAGAGUUCGAUUGUGGACGCCCUUGGCUUGAAGAAAUUGCAAGGCCGCGCCCGACCCCGGAUAUGGUGGAUACCGACGGGGAGGUUCUUCCAUCUCCCGGUACACGCAGCGGGUGUGUAUUCCGGACUGUCGUCUCCGUCAUUACCAGACUUCGUGGUUUCCUCCUACUCGCCCAACAUCGAGAAGCUAGUCGAUGCUCGGGAGCGGUCUGCACCGUGGUUGCACAAGACGGCCCCAAAGAUGUUGCUCGUCACACAACCUGACAUACCGGGUUACCCACCGUUGCCGACUACCGUUGCUGAAGCAGAGCAGAUCGCACAGAUCGUGCCUUUGUCUGCAUUCACGCUCGAUGCUUGUCCUCAGGCCUCCAUUCUUCACCUCGCUUGUCAUGGCCAGCAGAACCUUGGCGACGCUCUUGAAAGCGGGUUCAUCCUUCCCGAUGGCAAGUCGACUAUAUCGUCGCUUAGUGACGUUGAACAACCGGAUGAGGUCAUCAGUCUGUCAGCAGCCAUGAUCUUCUCUGGUUUCAAGUCUGUGAUCGGCACGAUGUGGGCAAUGAACGAUGCCGACGGACCAGUAGUUGCCAGACACGUGUAUGAGGCGUUGCUCACAGGAAAGGAGACGCUCGAUUCCGAUUCCAUACCCUAUGCCCUUGACGCUGCAACCGCAGCCGAGACGAUCUGGCAAUUGUUCCGGAGGAUGGGCUACUUACAUCCACGUGGGCAUAUAACAGAAUGGCAGUCCUUGCAGUAA